GUAGAAGAUCAUAGAAAAUGACGACAUAUUAAAAUUUGUUUGUUUGUGAAGUCAUGAUGAAAUAUUUACGUAUAUGUAAUAUAUGUAUUAUAUUUAUUCGUAUUUAACUACACGAAGCUAUAUAAACAUCAUAUUACACAGACAUCAUCUUUUAUGUCUACGUACAAUCAACAACCAUAGCUUUUUAUAUGUGGAGAAACAUUGCCCAAUACCAUAAUCGUUCCUGCUAAGUAGAGACGCCACUUUAUAAUAAAACAUGCCAAUCCUCUUAAUUCGAUAUCCGGAUACAGUGGUUCAGAUUAACGAAGGCGAAGGUUGAGAACUUGGUUUUCCAGAUGUACGUUCUUAACAAAUUCGAUACUAAACAGAUGUAUACAAGUUAUGCACUGCCUUCUGUUUGAUGCUUUAUGAAUGAAAGAACAAGCUAAGGAACUCUUUCCGGCGGUCACGCGAUGGUUUUUAUAUCGAUCUGCAUUCUGUGUUUUGGGACAGUAGCUAGCAACAGAAGUAAGAUUUUGCUGGUGUUGCGAAACACUAUUUAACACAAAGCUUUGAUACUAAGUUACAAAAUGUAUCGGUGCUGGUACUACGGUAUAAGAUGUUUUUGAGUCAAUGAUCCUUCCGGACCGUACAUAAGAGUAGAGAUAAUUUUGUAAAAUAUCUGACAAACAAUAUUAUUGUGUUAAAAUGACACAAUUAGCAGACAUUUUUAAUUAUUUGCAUAGCAACCAUAUAAGUAUCCAAAGAAACAAUGAAAAUAUUUUAACAUCCAAUAACACAUAGUCAGCAUUUCAGAAACAAGUAACUCUGUGGAAAAAUCACAUAUUACAAAAACGAAGAGGAAUGUUGGAUUUUUGCCCACAAGAAAUACCAAACUAUCUUCACAAGGACAUUAAACAUGCUAUUACAGUUUUUACCAUCAUAUUUUUGUGAUCCAAGUUUCUCAACAAUAGCUAACAUAAAAAUUGAAAACAUUAUUAACAUAAAAGAAGAAAUAAGGAAAGAAAUAUCAUAUAUUAGAUCUAACAUUACUGAAAUCCACGAAAACCGACGAGCUCAGGUAUGGAAUCAAGAUUAAUUUAAAGGAGUUUUACGAAAGAAAACAAUUCAAAUAACUCUUUUUUCAUAAAUACAAUAUGUUUUAAAUUAUUUCUUUUUUCAGUAUUAUGUAACAUGUAAUACCUACAUGAUUCUUAAUGAAAGAUAUGUGCAUGCUUACUUUUAUUAUCAGUUUCGUGGCAUCAGGGAUUUCAAUGUUUCACAAAUGUCUCAUAAUCAAAUAUGUUCCGUAACUUCGAAAGGUUCAAGCCUCUGAUCUAGACAGAAAGUUAGAUUCUAUACCCGUUACCAGUUAGUUAUUCACUAUAAUUACAGACGUUCGCUACAUUGAUGAGUAAUAAUCGAUUUUGAAUUGCUGCGUGAAAUGCAUGCACGCGAUAUCCCGAGCGCAAACUCAUCGCCCUUACAAUCGAUGCACCUGAACUGUCGUAAACAGUCGCUUUCGGUCUACCCGCAAAUAUGCAUCUCCCCGUUCGACGUCAGACAGUUCCACCGCAAAACACAAACUACGAAGAAGAUAUCAUUUACGUGACGAAACACAACAAAUGGGUUCUGAAUUCCAUCGGGAUGUGGCCGGCUGUGGUAGAAGGCAUCGACAAAUUUUUACCAAAAAUCGUAAUCGGAUUCAGUAAUUUGGUGUCGCUUUUUACGGUAGUGCAGUGUAUACUACACAUUAUAUUAGAGGAAAAAGAUGCUUUAUUACGACUCAGGCUCUUGGGAUUAGCUUGCUUUGCUUCAAUCAACCUGUUGAAGUAUUGGGCUGUUAUAGUGCGCAAACCGAACAUCGAAUACUGUAUCAAACAGGUGCAGACAGAUUGGAAACAGGUAGAGUUUCAAAAAAAUCGCAUGCUGAUGCUAAGAUACGGAAAGAUCGGCAGAGAUUUGACCAUAUAUAGUGCCAUGUUCAUGUAUAGUGCUGGCAUGUGCUACAUUACGAUCAUGCAGUAUGCAAUGGCAAUGAGCCUGAAGGCAAAUAAUCGUACAAUCAGAGUGUUAGUGUACCCUACGUAUAGUGGAUUUUUCGAUGCUCAAAAAAGCCCCAUUUACGAAAUCGUGUACGUUCUCCAAUGUAUGUGCACGUUUGUGUUCAACUCUGUGACAGUUGGGUGUUGUGGAUUAGCCGCACUUUUUGCAACACAUGCCUGUGGACAGAUUGAUGUCGUCAUAUCUCAAUUAAAUGAUCUGGUUGAAGGAAAAUUCGCCAAGAAAAAUUCUGAUCCGAACACUCGACUGAUGGAAAUCGUAAAACAUCACAUAAGAAUUUUAAAAUUUUCUGCGGUGAUUGAGACGGUUCUGCAGGAGGUGUGUUUUUUCGAAUUCGUUGGUUCCACGUUUGUAAUAUGCUUGCUCGAAUACUAUUGUAUAACGGAUUGGCAACAGAAUAAUAAAAUUGGUUUGGCAACAUACUCGAUGCUACUAGUAUCCUUGACGUUCAACAUGUUCUUGUUAUGCUACAUUGGCAAUCUUCUAAUAGAAAAGAGUACCAGCGUCGGAAUAUCCUGCUAUAUGAUUGACUGGUAUCGCUUACCAGUCAAGACAGUUCAAGAUCUCAUCUUAAUCAUUGCCAUGUCGAAUAGUCCGGCGAAAAUUAGCGCCGGUAGGAUAUUUCUUUUAUCCUUACCCACUUUCGGAAAUGUUCUAAAAACAUCAUUCGCGUACUUAAAUUUCGUCCGGAAUACCAUUAUGUACUAAUUUCACAAUUAUUCUGUUAUUUUCUUGUAUUCAGUUGUAAAAUAGUGAAUAAAGAAAUAUAC